AUGUCCCCAAAAGGGAUGGCAACAAGGAGUAUGCAACUCAGCUUUAUAGCAACCGGUGCAAUGAGUCAACGCUCAAAAAACGUGGACGUGAGCCCAGCUUAUGAAGAAAAAGACUGCCCGUUGGAGCUCGGCACCGAUGAAAUGUUAUGCGCUGAGAAUGGUUUUGCCUCACCAUCCUUUUUUCCGCACAGCACACAAAGCGACAGUGUGUGUGGGUCGUCGCUUUCGUCCGUCUCUGGUAUCUCGCUGGCGACGCCGCGGUGGCGGUACAACCGACAUGCGUCGAUGGUGUCGGGUGCCAAUUGGAUGAUGCCGGAGGAGCCUCUGGAGUGCGACACGCCCCUGGGCUGGAGCAGUGCAUCUGUUGCAGCUGCGGUUAAUUCUGCCACUGCGGUAAGCAGCGCAGAAUGCACGUUGUGUGGCCAAAGCCUCGCAUGCGACACAUGCGCUGGGUCAUUGAUUCAUCGAUCCGGUAGACUAUCCUCGAAGUGCAGGACAUACGAUGAAGCUGAGAAAGAGCCCUCUGUUGACGCACUUGCUGUGGGGAUGUGUCGGCCCAACGGCAUCGCCCCGUGA